AUGUCGCAAGAACGGCAAAGAAGCUCGGCAACUCCGCAAGACACACUCUCGGACGCGAAUGGCCACAACAACGACACCGAUGUCGUCGCAACAGCCCCAGACGAGCAGCAGCAGCAGCAUGGCGAGGCCGAGCAGCCAAAGAAGAAGAAAAAGGCAGCCUCCGCCUCCAAGCCCGGAUCCAGCGGCACCAAGCGCCAGCGCGGCACGUCGACCCUGCCCACGGCCCGCGUACAGCGCAUCAUCAAGGCCGACCGCGACGUCGACAUCUGCUCGCGCGAGGCCACCUUUCUCAUUUCGGCCGCCACAGAGCUCUUUGUCAAGAAGUUCGUCGACGAGGCCUACACCAACGCCCGUCUCGACAAGAGAAAGGUCGUCAGCUACAAGGACAUGUCAAAAGCGGUGCAGCAAAACGACUACCUCGACUUUCUCAAAGCCGCGCUGGCAGAGCGAGAGGCAAAGAUGACGCAGAUCGCCGACAUGGAGGCGGCCAUUCUCGCAGGGACGCUCAACGAGGACGGCUCCGACGACGACGGCGGCGGCGGCGGCGGCCGUGGUGGCAGUGGCAGCGGUGGUCGCGGCAAGGCACGAGACGACGACGACGAGGGCGACGACGGUGCGGGAGACGAGGCCAUGGCAGACGCACCCGCUCCCGUGCAACGGCCCGCCAAAAAGGUCAAGGCCAAGUCGAAAUCGGCGGCAUCAAAGGCCGCCGCGGCCAGCGAUGCGGCAGACGAACCGCGCAGGGACAAAAGCCCGGUCAAGAGGACGGCCAGGCAGAGCGCGGCGGCCCUCGCUGCCGAGGCGAGGGCAUCCGCUUCCCCGGCCAAGGCAGACCACGCAGGUGACCAGGACGAGUCGGAGUCCGACGACCAGGAUGAGCAAGGCGACGGCACGGCGGACGCGGCAAGAGCCGUCGAGGAUGGCGACGAGGAGAUGGAGGAUGCGCCCCAAGGCGCGUCAGAGGAGAUCCGGACGCCGCAGUAG